UGUCAGAGAGUGCGUGGAUGUCUCUCCAGCUGCUGAGCAGUGGAGCUCUCUCUCUCUCUCUCUCUCUCUCUCUGUUUCUCUCUGGACCUCAGCUCGUGCCUCUCUCGGUUCCUCCUGGAUGUGAAUGAGAAGCGGGAACAUGGAGGCUCCGCGCCGCUGCGUCUCUUUCUCCGGAGCUUUAACCGUCCUCUUCCUCUGCUCGCUGCUGGAGUCCGGGACCGCCGAUAAGCCUCCGUUCUACCCGCUCAACAAGCUCUGUAAGUUCUGCGACGUGGACCUUUCGUCCUGCAGCGGCACGGGGUCCUGCACGUCCAACUGCUCCAUCACCGCCAUCUGCGACUUCUUCAACGAGGUCUGCGUGGCGAUCUGGAGGAAGAAUGAAACGGGAUUCUCCAUCGAGACGUUGUGCCACAACCCGGCGCUGCCGCUGUACGGCGUCAUGCUGGACGACUACAACAGCUCCACCUGCCUGAUGAAGGAGCGGAACACGACGGGCGGGAUGGCUCUGGUCUGCUCCUGCAAGGACGACGAGUGUAACGACGAGCUGCAGUUUGCCCCUCUUUGGGAACCGACUCCGGAAGACCCUCUGAAGUUUGUGAUCCUGGUGAGCCUGCUGCCUCUGCUGCUGAUGGUCGUCGUGGUCGUUGGGAUGUUCUGCUGGUAUCGAACCUACCGCCAGCGGCAGCUCAGCCAGGAGUGGGAGAGCAGCAUCAAGAAGCGCAAACCGAUGGCCGGCGGGCUGGACUGCAGCGACGCCUGCGCCAUCAUGAUGGACGACGAUCGGUCCGACAGCAGCUCCACUCUCGCCAACAACCUCAACCACAACACCGAGCCGCUGCCCAUCGAGCUGGACCUACUGGUGGGAAAAGGUCGCUUCGCUCAGGUAUAUAAAGCCAAAUUAAACCAAACCACCUCAGAUCAGUUCGAAACUGUGGCGGUGAAGAUCUUCCCCUACGAGGAGUACGCCUCCUGGAAGAACGAGAAGGACAUCUUCUCCAACACCGACCUCCGUCACGAGAACAUCCUCCACUUUCUGACGGCCGAGGAGAGGAAGGUGGAGAAGCAGUACUGGCUCAUCACUGCCUUCCACCCCAGAGGAAACCUACAGGAGUACCUGACGCGUCACGUGAUCAGCUGGGAGGAGCUGCAGGGCUUGAGCAGCUCGUUGGCCCGGGGUGUGGCCCACCUCCACAGUGACCGCCUCCCAUGUGGGCGCCCCAAGGUUCCCAUCGUGCACCGAGACCUGAAGAGCUCCAACAUCCUGGUGAAGAACGACCUGACGUGCUGCGUGUGUGACUUCGGCCUGGGACUAUGCCUGGACAGCAGUCUGUCCGUGGACGACCUCGCCAACAGCGGACAGGUGGGAACCGCUCGCUACAUGGCCCCGGAGGUGCUGGAGGCCCGGCUCAACCUGGAGAACAUCGAGUCCUUCAAGCAGACCGACAUCUACUCCAUGGCGCUGGUGCUGUGGGAGAUGACGUCGAGAUGCGAGGCCAUCGGAGAGGUGAAGGACUACGAGCCGGCCUACGGUUCCAAAGUGCGAGAGCACCCCUGUGUGGAGAGCAUGAAGGACAACGUGCUGCGGGACCGAAGCCGGCCGGAGAUAGCAGACAGCUGGCUCACACACCAGGGCGUGGCAGUGAUCUGCGCCACCAUCAAGGAGUGCUGGGACCACGACCCCGAGGCCCGGCUCACCGCCCACUGCGUGGCCGAGCGCCUGCUGGAGCUGGAGGACGAGCCGGACAAGCUGUCCAGCCGCAGCUCGUCGGCGGAGAAGCUCCCGGAGGAGCAGAAGGUCCCGGUGGAGGUGGAGAUCCCAGAGGAGCAGGUGAAGAUCAGCGAGAUCCAGAACAUCAUCGCCGUGGACUGCUCGGUGAGCGACCACAAGUGAGCUCUCGGCGGUGGAGGCGGGGCUGAGGCGGAGGACGCUCAGGAGCUGAGCUCCUGCAGGACGUUGAGCCGGACUGAGUCUGAACUCUGGGCUCUGCUUCAGCCUCAGGCCCCGCUCACAUGACCGCCGUCGACUGGAAACAGCCGGGAUUCACUCCUUCACAGCCGGCGCCGAGCAGCGUUUUUACACAAGUGGCCUUCAGAAGGUUGGUUGAAGUCGGCUGUUUCCACUGGAGAGCGCCGUGGAAGCGAGGCCUGGCCGUCCCGGCCCUGACGGGACACACACCCCAAACCAAAACCCAACUGGAAACUGCUUCACACACAGCGAUAACCAUCAAACCAAAGAUGUCUGAAGUGCACUUUACCGUGUGACAACGAUGCUCCUCAGAGGUUUGGUGCUUCCCAACACGCCUUCUCCUCAAAGUGCCUUCGCCUUGUUGCCUAUGAGCCAAAGCACCAAAACAGUUCGCCUGAACGCCAGUGCUGCUGCAGACUCCACCCACACCAGCAGGAACCUCCAGGAACACACCAGCGGAGCCUUUUCUGUUCGCUCACUCAUGUUUGGGGACGUGUUCUCCUCACGGGCACAAAAACAAAGCGCCCGUUUCUGAAAAGGUCAGUUUGAAGGUGAGACGCUGGACAAGCGCCUCGAGGAAAUGAAUGUAAGUCAAUGGUAUGUCCUCCAAAGAUCCAAAGACAGGACUCUGUGUGUGUGUGUGUGUGUGUGUGUGGGAGAUGCUUUAAGCUUGCUUGCCAGAUGAACAAGCAGGUUGUACAGAGGAGACGGUUCAGCCGCCCUGCUCCAGAGCUCAUCUGCGACCAUCAAGCUUCCAUAAAGACAUAUUUUUUAAAGAAGUCUAUGUUUUCUGUCUGUAUCGUUGGGAAAAUGUGGGGUUUAUGUGCCCAGAAUCUUUUACUCUGCCUUAAAACACCGUAUGUGUCAUAUGUAAAAUACUGUAAAUCUUUUAUGAAUUAAAGAUAUUUCUGUAUACUGA